AGUAAACAGUAUUUUGCUACGGUGCUUAGGAACAGCUUGUGCGUGCUUACCAUUGAAAUUUUUGCCAUGGGUUCCAAGACAAUUCUGUUCCUGUUACUCGUUGCAGUCUGUGCUGUUUGCUACACGGAAGCAGCCGUAGGCAGCUGUCCUCUUCCAUCGAAGAUCUACAGCUGCAGCCCUAAAUGUCAGCAGAACUACGACUGCAGCCAUGGCAAGGUCUGCUGUCCCAACUCUUGCAACACCAAGUCCUGCGUUGACACAGCAACGUUCGGAAACCAGAAUAAUGAUAAAUACGCUCAGUCGGGUGGUGCUGGCGUCUACUGCAACAACCAGAAGUGUAACUUAUUCGAGGUGUGCAAACAAGACCCGGCCACGAAAAGGAUGAAGUGCAUGCGGGCCUGAUCGUCAUCAUGUUUAUACUAAUUAGAGAUAAAGUCUGUAACUAGUUGGAUGUUUCUGGGAAUUCAAUAAUAUAAUCAAAAUAUCUAUAUA